GGUUGAUUUUGACGUGAAACAGAUACAGCCUCUCGUUACGAUUACAACUGAGUAAAAUGACACCUUCAGAUCCCCGCCGCGUUGCCAGCAUCAUGCUGUCGUGGUGCUCGCUCGACCUUGUCUCAUGUACCACGCUACAGACUCUUUGGGCAGGGUAUGGACAUAUCUGCGCCAUCACUGCCCGAGCCACAAGCGACAAAGCAGCCAAGCACCUGGACAAUCUUUGCGGAGGAGGAUCAGGAACGGCGGGGUCUACCUAUCAUCUUAUCCUGAAGCUCAUCUCUCCCCCUCGGAAAGGCUCUAGCAAUGCAGAUGAAGGGCAUCUGCGCAAGAUGCUCAGCUACAAGGUAGAGCAGUAUUUCUAUACUCAAGUGGUGCCAUUGCUCGGUGACGAGGUUGCCGUUGCCAAAUGUCUUGCCUCGACGCGGGACAUGGAGGGCCAGACGGGUGAGGAGGAAUUGAAAGGUUCAUUAGCCACUAUCAUGGUUGAUCUGCGUCAGAAGUAUCCAGUUGCUGGGGAGAAGAGGGGCGUGCUGAGCGGUGUACAGGUGCAUGGGGCGCUGAACUGGCUGGCUGGCUUCCACCGCCGCUCGUGGGAGCUGCUGCCGGGUAGUCUUGACGGAUAUGUUUUGCCACCGCUUGAAGAAGCCAAGAGAAGACAGAACGGAGAGAAGAAUGUUGGGAGUGGGCUUUGGCUUAACGGUGGGUACACGUACCUUGCGACGCGGCGAAAAGAGUACGCUUCGCUCGUCCAAGAUUCUGACUCGGAGUGGUCAGAGGCCCUGUGCACGCCCUUUGAAGGCUCCUCACUCUCCGUAGCUGAGAUUGUUGCAUUGUUUUUGACUCCUUGUGGUAGGCCGCUAGAGUCAUACAUUCAUGGCGAUGUGAAGUCCGAGAAUCUCUUCACGACAAGUGAUGGAGAAGGCGUGGCCUUUUUUGACUUCCAGUACGUCGGGCUGGGGCUGGGAGUCUGUGACCUUGCCAAACUUUUUACAUGCUCGGUGCCGUUACACAUGCUUGUUGCCGAUGAUAAUUUACCUGAGCAGCUGGUGAUGAGUGACGGUGAGAGGCAACUGCUAGAUGCAUACCGCACGAGUCUGCUGGAAAGUAAAGAACUAGGAUUCUAUGAAUGGUCCACGUUUAAACGGCAUUGGGAAACUGCCCUGGUUGACUGGUGUCGGUUCCAGGCAUCCUGGGGGUUUUGGGGCAACACCGAGUGGCUCGAGGCUCGUGUGAGAUCGAUCUUGAACGACCAAGGGUGGAGGAACUGGUUGCGACAGAGCAUCGACACCAAGCAAUGA